AUGGGAAGGUGCAAACUCCCGGAAUGGGAACGAGACGCCAGUUACUGCCUCCUCUUCGUCGAAAAUCUCAGAGGCGCCGCACUUGAGUGGUUUUCUCAUCUCGACAUAAACUCUAUCGGAAGUUUCCGCCAGCUAGCCUCGGCAUUUCUCAAGCAAUUUUCCAUGUUCAUGGAUAGAGAAACUUCCGACGUAAAUUUAUGGAGUUUAACUCAGAAAGAAGAUGAGCCACUCCACGAUUUCAUGAGAAGAUUCAAACUAGUGAUGUCCAGGGUAAAGAAAAACUCUCUGGUACAGGUCAGAGUUUCGAAAGUGGAUAUCUCUGGAAGACCGCGGACGAUCCAGGAUACCCUCCAUACGGCCAUGGACUUCAUCAUCAUGGAGGAAGAGAUGAAAGUCCUAGCGCAAAAGCACGGACCGCAGAAACCAUCUGCCAAGAAGAAAUCCUCCCGUAACGACAAGAACCCGUACAAGGAUAAUUCCUACUGCGAGUUACAUCAGGCCAGAGGUCACUCCACCACUAACUGCAAGGUCCUUGGCGCCAGGCUCGCUGCAAAGCUCCUCGCCGGCGAACUAGCAAAAGUCACGAGCAUAAAAGACCUGAUCCUGGAUUCUGAUCGCCCGCCGAAAACUAAUAAGGCCGCUCCCGAGAACAAUGCACCCGAAAAUCAGUUGGGCGAAAAGCGCCAACGAAUAAACAUGAUCAUCGGAGGAUCGCAGUUCUACCAAGAUUUGGUCUCGUCGAUCAAAGCUUACGGGCGAAAAGCUGAAACUACCAACUGGCUUUCGGAAAAUGACGUCCCCAAUGACACAAUCAUUUUCGAAGAACAUGAAACCGUCGGUAUCGACAAACCUCAUUACGACUCUCUAGUCAACGAUUUGGUGAUCCAGGAUCUCGAAGUCGGCUGUAUCCUUGUCGAUACAGGAAGUACGGUCAACAUUAUGAUUCGCGACACCCUCCAAAGGAUGAAUAUCCCACUCGGAGAAGUCAUCCCGAAACCGAGACCCUUAACCGGAUUCUCUGGCAUCACCUCUAUGACCCUUGGGACGAUGGCUAAGGAAGUCGCGAAAAUCGUCAAAUUCGCAGUAGUCGACAACCCAGCCAUUUACAACAUGAUCAUGGGAAUCCCUGGAUAA